AUGCUAGACGUGAAAAUCGUCGGCGGCGGCAUCGCCGGCCUGACUGCCGCAAUCUCGCUCCGCCGCGCAGGGCACCACGUCACCAUAUACGAGAAGUCGGCGUUGAACAAUGAGAUUGGCGCGGCAAUCAACGUUCAGACUAAUGCCUCGCGCCCUCUGGUAGCGCUCGGCAUGGAUCCCGUACGAGCGAGGUUCGUGCCGGCAAGGGGCAGCAAGAGAUUGAGAGGGGAUACUCUGGACUUGAUUCAUUCACUCGAGCUCGGGGUCGUUGCGGAUAAGUACGGAUCCCCAUGGUACUUUGCGCACCGUGUCGACUUGCAUCAAGAGUUGGAGCGCAUAGCUACAGCGGCUGAUGGCGGUUCUCCGUUGACUAUCAAACUGAGGAGUGAGGUUACGAGCUACGAUCCCGAGAACGCUUCAAUUACUCUCAGCGACGGCUCGACCAUCACUUCAGACCUCGUCGUGGUGGCAGACGGCAUUCACAGCGCCGGCGUCGAGGCUGUUCUAGGUUCCCCAAAUCCGGCAUACCCAGCUGGGCAAGACAAUUUCUGUUACCGUUUUCUGCUUCCCAUGGAGGAAGUUCUCGGCGAUCAAGAGACGGCCCGGCUAUUCGAUGACGCAAGUGGGAGCGUCAGGAUGUUCCUAGGAGAUGGGAAGCGGAUAGUUACAUAUCCUUGUCGAGACGGCCAUGUGCUCAAUUGUAUUGGUAUCUUCCACAACGAAGUUGGGGCCUCGACCAAAGAAGACUGGCACAGCCCUGUUGACAAGUCGCAUCUGCUUGAGACGUUUUCCAACUUUCACCCGAGUGUGAUUGCUCUCCUGAACAAGGCAACCGAGGUCAAGCAAUGGCCGUUGCUCUACAGAGCUCCCAUCCCAACGUGGCGAAAGGGGAGAAUGAUUCUCAUCGGAGACGCUGCUCACCCGAUGCUCCCACACCAAGGACAGGGAGGCGCACAAGCGAUAGAAGACGGUGUAGCUCUCGGCAUCUGUCUGUCCAAUAUGUCUUCGUCAAUAGAUGUCCCAGAAAGGUUGGAGAUGUUUGAAAGUAUCAGGAGGAACAGGGCUAGUGCUGUCACUAUCUUCAGCAAUGCAGCGCAGGAUGAGGCCGAGAAGAUCAGAGAGGCUGCUUCGGAAUUUGUUCAGCCGGUUGAGAGAAUCCCGACUUAG